CGGAAAAACUGCCGCAAUGCGACUUUUUCUCUAAAUAUGUGGAUGACUUACUUUUAGUCUGUAGCUAAGACAGCUCAAUUCAAAAACAUUGGAUAACCGGAUUCUUUGUUCCCCGAGAUUGAUCCUCCGGUUUGAAGGAUUAAUAAUUAUUAUCCGUCUUUGUCUGUGCAUAAAGUGAAACGGUCCCGCGCCAUCCGUUCAUCAACGCUAACAGCGCAGUAUCCCAGGGGUGAAGAUUUCAGCUUUUUUAAAAGCAGCAAAAAUAUUUCAUAAGUGGAUAUCCUUUUUCCCGUGUCCACGUUCCAAAGUUAAUACUUCCGAUUUCUACCGCACCCGCGUGUAUUAGUCUCUCGUUUGUGUCUUGUUUGAGCAUGCCAAUGAAGAUUUAAUCGCAACAAGACGAAUAAAUUCAUUAUUGGAUAUAACAUUUUGACCUAUUCAUUCAUUUUCUUGUAACGUUUCUUUAAAGCUUGUUGCAUCAUGAGUCCGUACGGCAAUCGUCCAAAGGAGGAUGAUCUUUCUAUCAUAAUAGCAUCCAAUGCUUCUCUCGAAGAGAAGGCAAUGUUGGAAAAGUUCUCCUUUUUCGAAAAUGAAGGCCCUCUUGAUACAGUUAACUUGGUCAAGACUGUCAAAGAUAAAUCGGGUAACCCAGUAAGCCGAUUCUUCAGAAGUUUUAAACGCGCCCGGUUAUGUGAUUCACUGGCUCUGCAGCGUAAAUUAAAGAGUCGUCAUAUUCAGAUGAUUGCAAUUGGUAGUACCAUUGGUUUUGGUUUCUGGUUAGGUACCGGAAACUCACUCCAGAAAGGUGGCUCCUGUGCUGUCCUUUUAAACUAUAUUAUUGUCGGGAGUAUUGUGUUGACUACCAUUUUUUCACUCGGUGAAUUGGCAGCAAACUAUCCUGUUCCUGGAGGUUACUUGUCCUUGGCUGGUCAAUUUGUUGACCAGUCAUGGUGUUUUGCUAUGCAUUGGAGUUUUAUUCUUGGAACCCUGGUUAGCACUCCCGUCGAAAUUGUCACCUCUUGUAUGUGUAUUGUUUACUGGUCAAAUUUAAAUGGCGGUAUAUGGGUUACUGUCUUUAUUGCCAUCUUGGCACUAAUCAACGUCUUCAGCGUUAGGGGUUACGGUGAAGUCGAGUUUGCUCUAUGUUUCAUUAAAGUGGUCUCGAUUGUUAUUUUCAUCAUUCUCGGUAUAAUUAUUGACUGCGGUGGUAUUCCAACAGAUCACCGUGGUUACAUUGGAACAAGUAUAUUCACUAGUGACACUUUUACUCACGGUUUUCGUGGUUUUUGUUCUGUCUUCUUACACGCAACAUUUGCCUAUUCUGGUGCAGAAGCUAUUGGUUUGACAGUUGCCGAAGCUGAUAACCCAGCAGUAACCUUCCCGAGAGCAGUCAGACGGACGAUGAUACGUAUAUCUUUAUUUUACAUUAUUGGCGUUUUCGUUCUGGGUCUUUUAAUUAGUGGCAAGGAUCCGAGACUCUUUGACCAUUCGAAGAACAUGGUCAGUCCUUUCAUUCUAGCUAUUAAAGAUGCUGGUAUCAAAGUUAUGCCGUCGAUGUUAAAUGCUGUCAUUCUCAUAUCUGUCCUGUCUGCUGCCAACUCUAAUAUUUAUGCCGGCAGUAGAGCAGUUCAUUCAGCAGCCGUUAACGGAUUCGCUCCAAAAUGUUUUGCCUACGUUGACCGUGCUGGUCGACCUCUUGUUGCACUUGCUCUUCAUUUCCUGUGCUGUGGUCUCGCAUAUCUCUGCGAAUCCAAUUCUAAUUAUUCCAUCUUUGCUUGGCUCAUGGCCGUGUACGGUCUGAACACGUUGUUCAGCUGGGGUACGAUCUGCUUCAUUCAUUUGCGCUUAAGACACGCGCUCAAAAGCCAAAAUGUCUCGACGAAGAGACUUAGUUACACCUCCCCCUUUGGUAUCUAUGGCUCCUACUACGGUCUGGUCUGGACAAUGUUAAUCUUCCUCGCCCAGUUGUAUGUUGCAAUUGCACCAACGUUUGGAAGACCAAGUGUGACACACUUUUUCCAGCACUAUCUAUCCAUGCCCAUCGUGAUGUUCCUUUUUGUGGUACACAAACUCUGUACAAAGUCACGCUGCGUCAAGCUUAAGGACAUUGACCUGUUCCUAGGCUUUAAUGACACGUUUAAACCGGAAUUUAAUGAAGAUUCCGAAAAAGUCGUUCAAGAUGAGAAAGGUUUUAAGAAGAAGUUCUCUAAGGCAUUGGACCUUUGCUAAGUUUCACGUAUCUCCUUUCUUUAUUGACGAACUGCUGUAUUUUUAGAUUGUUGCUUGCAUUGGACUUCAUUAAGCAGCAUCGUUGUUUAAAGUUAUCCCUGAGAGCAGUUUUUUGUUUUAAAGGGGUCUGUUUUUUUUUUGGUAAUUCCCUCGGUAUUUGUUGUUCAAAGUUUAAUUUCUUUUUUUUUUGGUUCUUAAUUGCGCAUAAAAGCUUAAUACUCUCCUUGCUGUCUUUCUUUUAUAACUAUGUCUUUGCUCAAAUAAUUAUAUAUCGAGUUGCUACGUAAUAUUCCAAGCGGCUAGUAUAGUGUCCACAAGAUGGCUUUCGUGUAAAGCCACGUAUUUAGUUAUCAAUAAAUUAGUUUCGCCUAC